AUGACUGUUGAACAAGAACUUUUGGCUUCAUAUCCUCAAGUUUCAGCUCCUAGUAGUCAAACUGGUUAUACUUCAAAUUUAACUGACGAACAGAGAAAGAUUUUGAAACAAUUCUAUGAAGAAUUGAAAAAAAUGGGAUAUGAAUCAAGACUUGAUGAUGCUUCAUUAUUAAGAUUCUUAAGAGCUAGAAAAUUUGAUUUAAAGAAAGCCAUUCAAAUGUUUGUCAAUUGUGAAAAAUGGAGGAAAGAUUUUGGUACCAAUACCAUUUUGAAAGAUUUUGAUUAUAAAGAAAAACCUCAAGUAGCAACCUUAUAUCCUCAAUAUUAUCAUAAGGUAGAUAAUGAUGGAAGACCGGUUUAUUUUGAAGAGUUGGGUAAAGUCAAUUUAAAUAAAAUGUUGAAAGUUACUACUCAAGAGAGAAUGUUGAAGAAUUUAGUUUGGGAAUAUGAAAGUUUCACUAAUUAUAGAUUACCUGCUUGUUCCAGAAUGAAAGGUUAUUUAGUAGAAACUUCUUGUACUAUAUUAGACUUAAAGGGAAUAUCAAUCUCCUCGGCUUAUCAAGUUGUUGGAUAUGUCAAAGAAGCUUCCAAAAUCGGCCAAGAUUAUUAUCCUGAAAGAAUGGGAAAAUUCUAUUGUAUUAAUGCUCCUUUUGGAUUUUCAACUGCUUUUAAAGCUUUUAAACCUUUCUUAGAUCCAGUAACCGUUUCCAAAAUCUCCAUUUGUGGAAGUGGUUAUAAGAAAGAAUUGUUAAAACAAAUUCCUGCUGAAAAUUUACCUGUAAAAUAUGGUGGUACUUCAGAUGUUACUGAUGAAGAAUUAUAUCUCAAUGAUCAAGGUCCAUGGAGAGACCCUCAAUAUAUUGGACCUGAAGGUGAGGCCCCAAGAAGUAUUUAG